AUGGAUGCGACAGCGCAACCCGACGGACGGGUCAAUCGUAAUGAAGCCAAUUCGCCUCACGAGCGUGGUUCAGACGCAGGAAUUAGUCAUGUCGGAGAACAUCCAAGAAUGGAGUCUCGACCAAGCAUGAAUGGCAAUGACCUGGAUCAACUAGUGUCAGAUCGCGAAGAGAUCGUCAUCGAGGAUAGAUUUCGACCAACAGAAUCUAAAUCGUCGCGUCUUGAUGAGAAUACGCCUCUUCACAUUGCAAUUCGCAAUGAAGAUUACGCAGCGAUAGAAGAAGCGCUACAGGACCAUGGAGCAAAUAUAAAUGACAGUGAUUCCAGGAAGGCUGCGCUCCGGAUUGCACUUGACGACAGGAACCUUCGAUUACUGGAAAUGCUGAUGCCAUUCAGACCGGAUCUUGAACUGAAAGGUUCCAAUGGAAGGACACCCUUGCAUUUGACUGUUGCUACAGGAUGGAAAGAAGGGACGAAGUUGCUGAUCCGUUACUACUCAGAUGUAAACGCGACCGAUGACGACGGAAACAUGCCAUUACACUUCGCAUGUUCGGCUGGUCACAGAGGCAUAACUCGGCUGCUACUUGAAAGUGGUGCUAAUGUGCACAUUCGGGACUCCAAUGGAAGGACACCACUCCAGUUAGCUCUCGCGAGCCGAACCAACCGGUUACCCGAACUCAUACUACAGUACAUAGCAAACACAGAUGAUGUGCGCCACCGAGGAGAUUUCGUGGAUUAUGAUGAACCCGAUAGCCCGGGUAAAAGAGACCCGGCAGCUGAAAUUUCCCGUGGGACGGAGCAAGAUCUCAUGGGAACAACUGGGGCAUCUGAUAUCGAUUCAGUCUUUGCCAAAUUCAGCCAAGACCAUUGGGACGGCGUUCGUCGUGAUAAUGGCGAUGGUUUUAUUUUGGCCAACUACGAUAAUCAUGAAAUAUUUUUCGACGCCAAGGUGGAAUCGAUCCGGCUAUUAAUGCACGAGGGGCAGGAGAUGCACGCACUUCAGUUGAAAUUGAACUUCAUGAAGCCGUUCGCAACUAGGAAUCGAAUACGUUAUGCCAAAGUGGACGCGAAGCUUGCCGCCUCCGACUCCGGAAACAUACCACACAUUCACAGUAUCAUGCCGCAGGCGGAUCGAGUCGAAGUAUCUGAGCAGGAGAUAUCCUCAGGGCAGACACUGACAGUUGGAGCGUCUGGAGGCGGAGGACCAUCGAAUGUGAAUAUCAGUAUGGAGGGCUCGAAAUCACGAAAGUCCACAUUCAAGGGCGUACGAAUCAUACACGGAGUCGUCAAGGAUAGGAUGCACGCAUCGUGGCGCAUGUAUGAGGAACCCGGCAGUCAGAGUGGAUUGCCAGAAAUCGUGCGACUUCUUCUUCUUGUUCAAUGUAAGGCAGAAUUCGACAUUCGGCUUUCGAUGUCAGUCAAGGCUUGUCAUGUCUCCUCAUUUGGCAUCCCCCGGACGCUAGCUGCCAAAAGCGCGUUACCGUAUCGAGUCCCUGAUGUCACGACUAUGCUGAAGCUUGAACGAGCGACGAAAUUGAAAAAUAUUCUGAAUGUUGCUGACCGCGCAGCCACUUCAGUAGAAGAAGCGACAAUGUUAGAAAGAGAGUUUGCCCAGUCGAUCAAGAAUCAUAGCAAGAAAGCUUUAAUCAUGGAGGCGGGGUCUCAGGACGAAUUUGUGCGGGAAUGGGGUGACAUUGCCGAUGCCUCUCGAGAGGGGGAUUUCAGCUUUCUACAACAAAAACUCAUGCAAAUGACACUCGCCGAGCGCGUGCAACGCGCAACUGAAAGGCUUAGAAUUCAACCGGAGCGUAGAUCUACUCGAAUUAUGGAUGAAUCACCACCAAAUCGCCGCCGAUUUGAGCGAAUUCGGAAGGACAGCGAAGAUUUGGACUACCAGCGCCGCUUUUUAGAUCGACGGGACUUCCUAGAGCCGGUUAGGAAAUCGGCCGUAGACUUUUUGAGCAGAGAACGACCGUACAACUCUCAAGUGAGGAAUGCCAUGGAAUCAUUCUCAGCUGUAGGUCCGGGUUACAAAGUAUCGCGGUUAGCUUGA